GUCAAAAUGAAUUUUAGGUUAUAUUUGAAAGGUUCGAGGUAAAUAGUAUUUGUUUUCAAGAAAUAAUGAAAAAUGAGAUGUAUGCAUAUAAAUAUAAGAAAAGCGACUUUCAUCCUUUUAACUUUAUUAAUAAAUCGAAUCCAAAUGGAAGAUCAAACUCGUAGUUCUACAGAAAUUGAAAACAAAAAAAACGAAUCUCCAAAUAUCAAUUUCAAAAAAAAGAAUGAUGUUAUUCUUAAUUGUCCUACAAAUUCGGAAUGUAAAAACUUGAAAGGAUCUUGUAUAAAAUGCGAUUUAAAAGAAAAAUGUAUUUACGGAGAAACUCUUAGAACUACGUGUGAGCCAGAACAAGGAGUUACAUGCACUGGACCUAUCAGUUUUCCAAGGGAGUAUAUUUGCCGAUACUGUUAUCAAACGGAUCAUUGGGAGCACGAAUGUGAAUUAUCAGCUAAUUGUAAUUCAGUCACUUCUCCGCCGUCGUAUUACGUGACAAACUGUACUGUUAAAGAUGAUAUUAUUUGUUUGGGAUUAAGAUCUUUUAAGAAAAAAUUAGUAUGCAAUUGGACAUGUGGUUACAGAUGGUCCACCACCUUAUUAUUAAGCAUAACUUUAGGUGGCUUUGGAGCCGAUAGGUUUUACUUAGGGCAUUGGCAAGAAGGAAUAGGUAAAUUGUUUAGUUUCGGAGGUUUGGGAGUUUGGACCAUAAUCGACGUAAUUUUAAUUUCACUCCAUUAUUUAGGACCGGCGGACGGUUCGUUGUACAUAUAAUUGAAAAUUGUUAUUUUAUAGUACCAAAAAUGAUUAAAAUUAGGAAAAAUUACAAAAUUCAUUCUUGAAAA